AAACUGACUUAGGUAGGGAGCCAAUUAGAUUAUGAGACGCAACCCGUUUUGCAUACGGUCUUUCACACUCUGUAUAGUGUUGUCUUUGCCGUACGCUUAGGUUCAAACUCUUGAGUUGGUGUAAUAAAUAUAUAUCAGUGCUUAUAAGGAGUUAUUCCUUUCUCUGACGGAUUUGUGGCGGGGACACCUAAAGAGGACUAACAUGUCGGCAAAGAGUUUUCGGGUUAGCGACGGAGACUGGGUUUGUCCCGAUAAAAAGUGUGGAAAUGUCAACUUUGCUAGAAGAACGAGUUGUAACAGAUGUGGCAGGGAAAAAACAACUGAAGCAAAAAUGAUGAAAGCAGGGGGAACAGAGAUUGGAAAGACUCUGGCUGAGAAGAGCAAAGGUCUCUUCAGUGCCAACGAUUGGCAGUGCAAAACAUGUGGCAAUGUAAAUUGGGCCAGAAGAUCAGAGUGCAAUAUGUGUAACACUCCUAAAUAUGCCAAACUGGAGGAAAGGACAGGAUAUGGUGGAGGCUUUAAUGAGAGAGAGAAUUUAGUCUACAAUGAGCGAGAGGAGUCCGAUGGCGAGUAUGAUGAAUUUGGGCGCAUAAAAAAGAAGUAUCGUGGAAAAAGCACGAAGGACACUGAAAAGAAAGAGGAACCAAAAAAGAAUAAUAAUAAUAAUGAGGAAGAGGAGGAGGAGGACGAAGAUGACGAAGAUGGAGAUCUUUCAAAAUACAAACUUGAUGAUGAUGAUGAGGAUGAUGCAGAUUUGUCCAAGUAUGAAUUGGAUGAUAGUGAGGAGAAGAAAGGGACUCGCUCCAGCUCCUCACGGUCAUCAUCUCGCUCGUCCAGUUCAAGUUCCCGGUCUAGGUCCAGCAGAUCCCGGUCCAGGAGCUCAUCCAGUUCCAGAUCUUGCUCUCGCUCCAGGUCCAACUCCAGAUCCAGCUCCAGAUCAGGAAAGGGCUCUGUUUCCACAAAGAAGAGGUCUCGCUCCCCUUCGUCAUCGCCUGAGGGAGGCCAGAAGAGGAGUCGCUCCAGGUCCUCCUCUGGUGGACGCAAAAAAAGACGCACACGAUCGCACUCGUCUGAAAGGUUUGGUGUAACACAUGGUGGCCUGGAUGCCAGGCGUCCUUCUGCAUUAUACACAGGGCUCAGGGAUAAUACAGUUUUGAAACAAUGUGACAAUUGUUCUUUUCUCUGUACAAUAGAUUUUUCAUGCUUUGUUUUGAUUUAAAGGACCAAAUCGUUUAAUCGGUCAUGGCUUUUUUCUUUCUCUUUGUCUUUUUCUAUCUCUUUGUAGGCGCAGAGGCUCAUCUGGAUCAUCCCACUCUGGCUCAAGCUCAAAACAGAAAUGAUUGACAAAAGAAAAAAAAUCUAGAAGUGCAUGGGUUUUUUUUUUUUCACUCCAGUUUUUGGGGCUAUUGCAACUACUCAACUGUUUUGAUUUCACAUUGAUUUCUAUGAAAGAAAUACUUGUGCACCUGUUCACAUAACCUCUUCGCGAAAGGUUUCUGCUUUUUUUUGUUUCACCUUUUUUUUUUUUUUUUUUUUAUACAUCUAGUCAGAUCUCUUAACUUGGGGUGUAAAGUCUGUAGUGUCAGUGGGUUUAUAGAGAAAUAACAUCAGAUCUGUGACUGAAUGGCACAUAUCUUCUGGACAUCAACCAUUUUGAUGGGGAAAUUAUGCAAAUUACAUUGCAGAAAUAGUUGUAUUCCUCUAUUUCAGACAUUAUUGCCAUCAAAACAACUAGUUCAUUAACAAAACAUUUAAUUUAAAAAAAAAUUUUUUAUGGAUGCUGGUUUUAUGGUUCUUUUAUAUGAAACGCCUCACAAGCAAUGUUGAUGGCUUAACCACGUCAGCAAUGCCAGCAUCUAAUAGAGAGCCUCUAAGAUGUAACAUUACCUUGUCUAAUUGUGCAUUAAAGGUAAGUAUGUUUUUCUAUGCUUGUAGAGAUUUAUUUUCUUCUGUAAAGACGGAUGAAAAGUGAAAUUUCUGUGUCCUUUUUGUCAGUAUUUUUGUCUUUGUUCUUAAUUUUAUGAUUCAUCAUUUGUGGAACUAAGAAACUAUAGACAAACUUAUUACUGAAACGAAUUACUGAUAAAAUAAAUCACUGGUUUGGUUUUCUCUUGUUCAAAUCAAAUUUGGAACAUGUAAAAUAAUCACAACAACCCACCACUCCCCUUCUAACAUACAAAAUAUGAAAAUGUUUUACUGUUAAUUGUAAUUACAUGUGUAUCCGACAUGAAUAAACACCUGUCAAUCUGAAA